UUUAUAAACAAAAAAAAAUAAAAUUAAAAAAAAAAAAAAAAACUCCGGUAUUUUGGUUUCGUUGUCUUUCCCAGUUUCCGAAACGUUUUGGAAAACAUGGCAAAAACAAGCUGCGCAAUUAGCUCUGAUUCUGCUUGAAAAAUGGAGGCCCGAAGGCUCGCCAUUAUCUGCUCCCACAUCCGACCCGGUUCGGUUCUCGCUCCGACCCAAUUAGCUCCCGUUUCCAGGUCCAAUUGCGAUUCCGGUUUGAACAGUAAGCAGUGGCCCAGUGGUUCCGACGAGGGCAAUAGCGAAAACGGCUGCGUUUUCUGUAAAAUUAUUCGCGGAGAGUCACCGGCUUUCAAGCUCUACGAAGAUGAUGUUUGCUUGUGCAUAUUGGAUACGAGUCCGCUGAGUCGUGGGCACUCUCUGAUUAUCCCCAAAUCUCAUUUUUCUUCGUUGAAAGCCACACCCCCGGAUGUGGUAGCUGCAAUGUGUUCAAAAGUGCCCUUUAUCAGCAGCGCAAUCAUGAAAGCCACUGAUUCUGAUUCGUUCAACUUGUUAGUUAACAACGGUAGAGCUGCAGGCCAAGUUAUAUUUCAUACUCAUAUUCACAUAAUACCGCGCAAGGCCCUUGAUUGCCUUUGGGCUUCUGAGAGUUUGCGGAGGCGGCCCCUGAACUCAGACCAGGAAGCAUCUCGACUUGCAGAUUGUGUUCGAGAGCAAUUGUCAAUAUCAGACAACUCCAAAAUUAGCCAAGGGUGAAGGAUCGAGUCUUACCGAAAACUAGGUGCACAUUUCGUCCGAUCAAAAUGUAAUUUUCAGUGUACAAUUAUGUGCAAUAUACAUACUUUAAUUCUUUGGAAUGUUGUAUGACUUGCAAAUAUUACUUGUUCCAUGUCGUAUAGAAGGCUGAGCUCACCAGUUUACA